UCAGCAAAUAUAAAUUUAGUAUGAGUUUCCCUUAAAUAGUACCACCCAAUUGCUGACAAACAUUCUAGGAAUCAAAAUGGAGACAGAUACUCGAAUGCAUGAUGAAAUUCAGAGCUUAUCCACAAAGAGGUUGAUGGGCAAAGUUGCAGUUAUAACUGGUGGUGCAAGAGGGAUUGGAGCUGCCACAGCAAAACUGUUUGCACAAAAUGGGGCCUAUGUUGUAAUUGCUGAUUUACUUGAUGAAUUGGGGGCUAAUCUAGCCGAUUCAAUUGGAGGCCGCUACAUCCACUGUGACGUUUCAAAGGAAGCCGAUGUGGAAUCAGCUAUCAAGCUAGCACUGACUUGGAAAGGCGGACUAGACAUCAUGUUCAACAAUGCAGGCAUUGGUGACGCUGGUGGGAGCAUCACAAACCUUGACAUGGACCAAGUGAAGUACCUAGUCUCAAUUAAUGUGUAUGGAAAUUUACAUGGAAUGAAAUAUGCUGCACAAGCCAUGAUCAAAGGCGGCCGAAAAGGAGGGUGUAUCAUUUGCACAUCAAGCUCAGCAGCUCUUAUGGGAGGCCUAGGAGGACAUGCCUACACAUUGUCAAAAGAGGCAAUCCUUGGAAUGAUGAGAAGUGCUGCUUGUGAGUUGGGGGUGCAUGGAAUUAGAGUGAAUUGUGUUUCGCCACAUGGGGUCCCUUCGGAGAUGCUUGUAAGUGCAUACAGGAAGUUCUUGGGGAGAAUGGAUGUGAACCUCGAAGAAAUUAGUAAGAUUAUUGGUGAGAGAGCGAGUUUAUUGCCUGGGAGAUGUGGAAGUACAGAAGAUGUGGCUCAUGCUGUGCUUUACCUGGCUAGUGAAAAUGCUGAGUACAUAACAGGACACAAUCUUGUUCUUGAUGGGGGUUAUACUUCUGCUAGCAGUAACAUGAGUUUCAUCUACCAAUGUUAAUAAAAAGGAAAUUACAAAUAGAAUACCUUAGAAGGACAAUAUCUAUUGGUUCAGGAGUAUAACUCAAGUCAUAAAUCACAAUACCUUUCUUUACCACUUCUUAUACGGAAAGAUACAAGCACGGAUUUAUCAUAUGCUAUGAACUUAAACUCUCUUUACAUACUAAUGUUGACCUACCAAUACUAAAUAGAUGGACAAGGACGCAGGCUAAAUAAUACUAUGGUUGUAAAAUGUGUCUUCUCAAAAUGAAAAGUAUGCUCACUAUAAUUAUAGGUUUUAUUUGGUUUC